AUGACUUCGGCUGUAGCGGAGCUGGAAAGCUACCUUCAGUCAAUGUUGGCUCUGAGACCACCUGGAGCUACAGGCUCCAUGGUCUACAGCAUCACUAAGCUAUGCACAAUAAAUGUUCAGGAUGAACCAGUUCUCAUUGAACAUAUCUACACUCACUUCAAGAAUGCACCUGGCACUCAUAAGUUGGGCGUUCUCUAUGUGAUAGACUCUAUAGUCCGGCACUGGAUUGAAAGCACUCGCAAAGCUGGCCGGCCUCCGCGGAGCGCCGCACCGGAUGGGACUUUCGCUGCUGGUGUUGAUCGAAUUACUAAGUUGUUGCCCGUGUUGAUGACCGAUAUCAUCUCCGGCGCGCCAAAGGAUCACGAGGAAAAGAUCAAGAAGCUCGUUGACAUCUGGGAGAGCUGCGGCUCCAUUCCAUCCUCCAUGCUUGCUUCAUUGCGCGACAAAUUCAAGCUCCUGCCGCGUGUCCCAGCUCAACUACAGCCUGUCAAUGGCUCACCCGAAGCGGCAAGCCCCCAAGCGGCAAGUUCUGCUUCUCAUGCUAACGCGUCUGCUGCCCUGACCCCAUCAGUCUCCGCUCUGGAAUCCACUUCAACUUUUGAUCCAUUUCUACUACCUCCCACGACGCCUAUACCCUAUACAAGUGUUAGAUCUGGUGGUGGCGUGGCUGGCCCAUUUGCCGCUUCGAGCGGUCUUGGCCAGUGCCCUGUUGCGUUACAGUCUCAGAGUCAGAGUCAGUCUGCGAAUCCUUUGGCAGCCACGCUUCCACAGUCGCUGGCAGCCGCUCCGGCUAUGUAUGGAAACGUGAUAUUGCAGCCGGGGUUCUCGCAGGACCAGUGGGCUGCAGCUCUGCAAUUUUCCAACAUGAAUAAUGUUAUGGGCGCUGCAAACCCUGCUCAGCUGCCUGGCCUUGGCGUCAUAUCCGGUCAGGGCGCUCUUGGAAGGGGUCAAACCGACGUGCAGAGCUGCGACGAUCUUGAAUAUGAGAAAGUGGAUAGCCACGGGUAUCGUCCAAUUUCUCUCUCUCCGGAUUUUCAUCGAAAUCACAAUGCUUUGCCCUCUCGCCGCCACGGCCAGCCGUUCUGCCACGAAUAUCAUGGCAAUUUUCAAAGUCAUCGGAGCAAGGCAUACCGUAGGGGUAGUCCACCGGAUAGGGGACGCCAGUCAGAGUCCCCACGUCGAAAAGGCUAUAAUGUCUUUCCGCCAUGUCCAAAGCUCGUCGAGUGGGACUACUCCAUCGGCCCGGGGAACAUCAAAAUUCUUAGUCGCACCCUUACUGUCACCGGCGUUUUCUCUGAGGUUUAUCUUCGUUCGCACUUCAGCACUUUUGGCGUCGUUCAAACCUGCAUUAUCGAUGGUGAUAAGCGUCGUGCUUUCAUUAAGAUGCUUAGUCACCAGGACGCGGUGAGAGCUCGUGAAGGAGCAGGAACUUACCGCUCGGAUCAGAGGCCACUCCGCACCCGAUGGGGCGUCGGCUUCGGCCCGCGUGACUGCAGCGACUAUGAGACUGGCAUCAGUGUUAUUCCAAUCGGCCGACUCACCAAUGCGGAUCGCAAAUGGCUGCUCACGGCGAAGUAUGGUGGCACCGGAGGCUGCCCAAUCAAAUCGGGAAUGGUAGUCGAGGAGCCAGACAUUGAAAUCGGCGCUGGCGUGUCAUCCAAGGCCAUCAGCCGACGCGUCGCAAAUGGCAUUGGCGGGCACCAUGGCCGAAGUUCAGGCGGCUUUGGUGGCCGCGGUCGUGGUCGCGGUAGUUCCUUAAAACGUCAAGGCUUUGGCAAUGGACGCUAA